GUAAACAAAGUGUGUUUAACCAAUCUAGCAGACAAAUAUUUGUUCUGGAAGCUGCCUCAUCCGACAGGAGACACACACACACGUCUGUAGUCGUGUGCUAUAUAUAUGGUCACAGUCCUAAGUCCUACUGGACCAGUACUGCAUGUGCGCACACACAAACAGAAAAGUGGAUCCAUCGGUGACCUGAGCCAGACCUUUUCUUGGACACGGACUCACCUGAACCUGGCAGCUAAUUCACUCUUUCCAAGUGUUACUAAGCCAACAUGGCGGCAGGCGUCAUCAGGAACUUCCUUGUCCAGGCCCCGACUCCAGCCUACUUCCCCCUGAUUUUCCAGCACUCUCCAUGCAAAGAAGACGAAGAAGAGGAGAAGCAGGAGGAAAAGCCAGAGGAGAGGGAAGAUGAAGAAGAAAGAGAAGAAGAGGAGGAGGAUGAAGAAUCUGAAGCUCAGGAGGAAGAAGAAGAGUGUUUAGAGGAGGUUUUUCUAAACCCGUCCCACUGCGCUUUGGAUGUGACCAAGCAGCUGCUGAGGUUUGCAGACCUCAUCAGUCGUGAUGUUCAGAGGUAUUUCGGCCGCUGCUCUGGUGACCAAGAGGCUUGUGACAUCUACAGCGACUCUGUCUCCGUCACAACCAGCGGGCGUCUGCGUUACUACGAUGACCUGCUGAGAAUAGCAAGAGCAGGAAGUCCAGAGGAGCAAGAAGGCAGCUUUGGGAUUUGUAGUGAUCAUCAACGAGUCGGGGUUGCUAAGGGCAACAGCAGUUUGGGGCCCCUGGCUGAACUGUUCAACCACAUGGGCCCCAGCCAGAGCCGUGGUCGACCCAUGAUCAAGCGGCACCUGCCGCUCAGUUUCUGGACUGAGCCGAUCCCCUGCUGCUCACUGGUCAGUUUCAGUAACGCACCUGAAUUCACACACACAAGCAGUGACACACCUUCACAGGACAACACACACACAGACUCUGACACACACAUGCACUAUAAUGCACUCACGCACCACAACACACACACACCCAUCGACAACAAUCAACCAGACUUUAGUGACUUGCUGGCAAACUGGGAUCCAAACCCAGAGCUCACACACGCACUGACGGAGAACACACACAUGCAGCACUGAAGGCUGCUGGGACUCACAGUUGAGUGUAAACAUUCCUCCUUUACAGUUUUGAUACGCAGUUGUAAAAAGUUUAA